AUGACAUAUUUCCAGCAGGGCAACUUCACUGCUACCGUGUUCAUCUUGGUCGGCUUCCCUGGUAUGGACGCGGCUCAAUUCUGGCUGGCUUUCCCCCUAUGCUUCCUGUUCCUGGUGGCCAUCCUCGGCAACUGCACUAUUAUUUAUAUCAUUAAGGUAGAACGGAGCCUCCACGAGCCCAUGUACCUUUUCCUCUGCAUGUUGGCAGCCAUUGAUAUGCUAAUAUCCCUCUCCACCAUGCCCAAAAUGAUGGCCAUAUUCUGGUUCAAAUCCACCAGCAUUGCCUUUGAUGCUUGCUUGGUCCAGAUGUUCUGCAUCCACAGCCUAUCGGGCAUGGAAUCGACCAUUCUGUUGGCGAUGGCUUUCGACCGCUACAUCGCCAUAUGCUACCCACUGAGUCACACAUCCAUCCUCACCAUGCCCAGGAUAGCUAAGAUAGGCCUGAUGGCAGUCAUCCGCGGGGCAGCCUUGAUGGCCCCCUUGCCGAUUUUCAUUAAGAGGUUGCCUUUUUGCCGAUCUAACAUCCUCUCCCAUUCUUACUGCCUUCACCAGGAUGUCAUGAAGUUCGCCUGUGCCGACAUAAAAGUCAACAUCAUCUAUGGACUGAUAGUCAUCAUUUUUGCCAUUGGGGUGGAUUCGCUGCUCAUUUCCUUGUCUUAUGUCUUCAUCCUUAAGGCGGCCUUGAGUUUGACCCAAGAGGCACGUCUCAAGGCCCUCGGGACAUGCAUUUCACACAUCUGUGCGGUCUUUCUCUUCUACGUGCCCUUCAUUGGCUUGUCCAUGGUGCACCGGUUCAGUAAGACUCACGGCUCCAACAUCCAUAUUAUAAUGGCCAACGUGCACCUGCUGGUGCCGCCAGUGCUGAACCCCCUCGUGUACGGAGUGAAGACCAAACAGAUCCGCCACAGAAUAGCAAGGGCUUUCAAUAGGAUGAUGCACUGA